AACAAGCACUUGCUUGGUGGGCAGGUGCUUGGUGUAGAACAGAGCGUUUUCCAACCCUGGCUCGAGAGAGCAGUGCGUGAGACUGGGGCAGGACCGUCUGGGGUCGGUCGGGUCUUGCUCAGAUCCACUGUCCAGCUCUGGGGUGGUGAACCCGGGAAACCCGGGGCGAGUCUCCUUGGAGCGCACCUCGGGGUGGGAAGCCGGGAGCAGCGGCGGCCUUAGCAGGACCACACACAACCUCCUGGGAGGAUCGCAGUCGCCCCAAGGCCACGACACUUGACCCGCCUCCAAUGGUCCACGCCCGUCCCAGGCCCGGCGCCCAGGCCCGCCCGCCGCAGGUGGGGCAGCCAGGGCCCGCGAGUAGGUGCGUGGGAUGAUCUCACCGCGUGCGGCGCGCCAGGAGGAGGAGGAGCGGGAGCGAUCCCAACUUCCGGGUAGUGCAGCCGCACGCCGCGCCACCGGCAUCUUGCUUUCUGCUCCCCCUCCCCCGUGUCCCCCUCGCCUCUCCCUCCUUGCCUUUUAUCCCCAGCCCCACCCGCCAAAAUGAACAGCUCGGACGAGGAGAAGCAGCUGCAGCUCAUCACCAGCUUGAAGGAGCAAGCCAUAGGCGAAUAUGAAGACCUUCGAGCAGAGAACCAGAAGACAAAGGAGAAGUGUGACAAAAUUAGACAAGAACGAGAUGAAGCUGUUAAGAAACUGGAAGAGUUUCAGAAAAUUUCUCAUAUGGUUAUAGAGGAAGUGAAUUUCAUGCAGAACCACCUUGAGAUAGAGAAGACAUGUCGAGAGAGUGCUGAAGCCUUGGCGACAAAGCUAAAUAAAGAAAAUAAAACACUGAAAAGAAUCAGCAUGUUAUACAUGGCCAAACUGGGGCCAGACGUAAUAACGGAGGAGAUAAACAUCGAUGAUGACGACCCAACCACUGAUACAGAUGCUGCGGCAGAGACCUGUGUGUCUGUUCAGUGUCAGAAGCAAAUCAAAGAAUUUCGAGAACAAAUUGUGUCUGUUCAGGAAGAAAAGAAGGUGCUAGCCAUUGAGCUGGAAAGCCUCAAGAGCAAACUAGGGGAGGUGAUGGAGGAGGUAAACAAAGUUAAACAAGAAAAAGCUGUUUUAAAUUCUGAAGUUCUUGAGCAGAGGAAAGUCUUAGAAAAAUGCAACAGAGUGUCCAUGUUGGCAGUUGAAGAGUAUGAAGAGCUGCAGGUGAACCUGGAACUGGAGAAGGACCUUCGAAAGAAAGCAGAGUCUUUUGCACAAGAGAUGUUCAUUGAACAAAACAAGCUGAAGAGACAAAGCCACCUCCUGCUGCAGAGCUCCCUUCCUGACCAGCAGCUUCUGAAAGCUUUAGAUGAAAACUCAAAACUUAUCCAGCAGCUUGAAGAAGAGAGGAUCCAACAUCAGCAGAAGGUCAAAGAGUUAGAGGAGCGGCUGGAGAACGAAGCACUUCACAAAGAGAUCCAUAACCUCAGACAACAGCUGGAGCUUCUGGAAGAUGACAAGAGAGAGCUGGAGCAGAAAUACCAGAGCUCAGAGGAGAAGGCCCGGAACCUGAAGCAUUCAGUGGAUGAACUCCAGAAGCGAGUGAACCAGUCGGAGAAUUCGGUGCCUCCCCCGCCUCCUCCUCCUCCACCUCUCCCUCCUCCACCUCCCAAUCCAAUCCGGUCCCUCAUGUCUAUGAUCCGGAAGCGAUCCCACCCCAGUGGUAACAGUGCUAAGAAAGAAAAGACAACUCAGCCAGAGACAGCUGAGGAAGUCACAGAUCUGAAGAGACAAGCAGUGGAAGAAAUGAUGGACAGAAUUAAAAAAGGAGUUCAUCUUAGACCGGUUAACCAGACAGCCAGACCCAAGGCAAAGCCAGACUCUCUAAAGGGCUCAGAAAGUGCGGUGGAUGAACUGAAGGGGAUCCUGGGAACACUUAACAAAUCCACUAGCUCCAGAAGCUUAAAAUCCCUUGGCCCUGAGAGCAGUGAAACUGAGUUAGAGAGGAUUUUACGUCGCAGAAAGCUGACAGCAGAAGCAGAUAGCAGUAGUCCUACCGGGAUAUUAGCCACCUCAGAGUCCAAGUCCAUGCCAGUGUUGGGUUCUGUAUCCAGUGUAACAAAAUCAGCCUUGAACAAGAAAACUCUGGAGGCAGAAUUCAACAACCCGUGUCCCCUAACACCUGAGCCAGGUGAAGGGCCCCGUAAAUUGGAAGGAUGCACGAAUUCCAAGGUUACCUUUCAGCCUCCCAGUAAUGGUGAAUACAGGAGAAAACGUGUGGGCAGUGAAAACCAAGCUGAGCCAGUUGUAGUUUUAGAUCCUGUUUCCACACACGAACCCCAAACCAAAGACCAGGCUGCUGAAAAAGACCCAACUCAAUGCAAGGAGGAGGGAGGAGAAACACAACCAGAACACAAAGAAGACAGCAAUGGAAAAACGGGAGAGACAGACAGUUCCAACUGCUGAUCUGUAACCAGAGGCUGGUGUUUUUGCGGAGCCUUCUCAGUGAGCACGUGGUUCAUCUGCGUGUACUGUCAGGAACUGUUGGACAUUUCUUUGUUCUGGCCACACACUUCUUUGCUGGUAUCACUUUGUAAGUAGCAAUUAUAAACCUAAGUAAGCUGUUUAGCAAAAAUGCAUCUUCUGGGUAGUUUUUAAUCUUUACAGGGGUGAGGGUUCUUUCUGGUUUCUAUAUGAAGUAUGACUUCCCUGAGACGGUGGCAGAGCUCGGAUGUUGGUGUCUUUACAGGGAAUGUGUGUACCACUCAUCAAAUUAUUCAUGGGAAAAUUCAAGGUGGUUGCUGGUAACUAGAUAAACAGAGACCACCAAACUUAACAAUUAUCUUAAAGGCACCCUUUAAUUCAAGCCCUAGCACCUGAAGAGACUAAGGCAAAAGGAUCAUUUGAAUCUGACCUUCACAGUUUGGGUCACAUAGCAAGAUUCUAUAUAAAGAAAAGAAGGCCUGGGAGAGUUUCUGUUUGGGGUCUGGUCUUCUGAUGGGAAACUGCAGCAGUCUGGACGUCAGUAGGUCCCUGUAGUGUCUCCAUUUUGUAGGGUGCAUGAGACCAUCCAUCUCUGAGCUCAGGAGGUGGCAUCAUGGUCUCUUAGGUCUGAGUUGAGCACAGUUGACUAUUGUGUGGAAAAUAUGACCCUGUGUUCAAGGCUUACAGAGUCCUUCAGGGGUGAUGUCCUGGCGGCCUCAACAACAGAAAACUGGCUUAGAUGUACGCUCAAACCUUGAAUUUAACAGGGAUGCCUCGGUAAGCUAUGUGCUCUGUUCCACGAGUUAACUGUGUUUUCCCACACAUUCACAUGGCACAAGUACCAUAGUUUACGCCAGCUCUCAUGCACAGUGAAGAUAAGUGACAAGCACAUAUUGUUUUUCUUCCUUCACUGCGGAUCUAUACUACAUGGGUCUUGUUUUGUUUUGGUUUUUUUUCAGAGGAAAUUAAGUGGUAGUUUCUAAGAAUACAAUGUUUCAGACUACCAGGGCGAAUAAAUAGAAAUGUAAUCAGGGAUUUAAAAAAAAAAACUUAUGCAGGUUUUCAAAGCUGAUUGUUUCAAAAUUGGUGUUUAUUUAAAAUAAGUGGUAAUGUAUUUGAGUGCACUUUUUAUGAUAAUGAUUCAGUAAUGGUAAUUUUACUAUUAAGGAAAUCGAAAGGCUUAGUUUUGUUAGCAUGACUCGGCAUGUAGCUGUCAGGUGCUCUGCACCUGAGGGCAAAAGAAAAUGAUAGUAACAAUUGCAGUAGUUGUAUCCUAUUGUAUUUUUGCACGUGUGCUACUAGUGUGGGCUUGGGGAGGUGGGAAGGCAGGUGAGGACACUUCCUCGGCUUGGGGACAAUUCUCUUUCUGUAGGUUCACUGGGCUUGACUAUUUCCCCUGUCUGUCAGUGAUGGUUUUAUAUCCCUGUCGGUUUACUCAUGGGGAAUUAAAACAUGAUUUUUUUUUUCAA